GCCGCCGGGAGCCGGCUGGAGGGCUCAGGCUGGGAACCGCGGAGGAAGGUGGGCUCCCUGCCGCCUGGGUGGGCGGCGAUCGGCCGAGAGCUGGCCGAGUCCGCGUGCCGGCAGAGAUCCCAGGGUGGCACACGGACAACCCCUACCAAGGAAACAAGGACUUCAGUCUGACAGCUGCAUGGAACUGAAUCCUGCCAACAGCCUGAGUGAGUGUGCAAGUGCAUUCUCCCCCAGAGCUUUCAUAGGCACCACGCCUAACGUGGAGCCUAACUCAGGGCUUGAACUCCCGACCCUGAGAUCAAGACCUGAGCUGAGAUCAAGAGCCGGAUGCUUAACUGACUGAGCCACCCAGAAUGUCCCUGGCUGCUUAUUGUAUCAUCUGUUGCAGAAGAAUAGGAACCUUAACUCCUCCGCCCAAAAGUACCACAUACCGGAGAGAUAUCAGAAAUGUAAUAAAGUUUACUGGAUCACUUAUUUUAGGCGGUUCUUUAUUUCUUACCUAUGAAGUUUGGGCCCUGAAGAAAUCUUUGACGUUAGAUACUCAAGUAGUAGAAAGAGAAAAAAUGAAGUCCUAUAUAUAUGUGGACUCCGUUUCUUUAGAUGACAGAGAAAAUUAUGGAAUCACCUACCAGGCAAGAAAAGAGCUUCACAAAGCAGUAAGAAAAGUAUUGGCAACAUCAGCCAAGAUACUGCGCGGCCCAUUUGCUGACCCCUUUAGUACAGUUGAUGUCGAGGAUCACGAGUGUGCAGUGUGGCUGCUCCUGAGGAAGAGCCAGUCGGGGGACAGAGCCGCGCGGCUGCAGGCCGUGCAGGAAAUGUCGGAGACCCAUCACUGGCACGAUUACCAGUACAGGAUAAUUGCUCAAGCCUGUGAUCUGAGAACUCUCAUUGGUUUGGCCCGAAGCAAAGAGAGUGAUCCUCGCUUUUUUCUCCCACCACCUCCCUUGCCAUCUUUAAAAGAAGAUUCUUCCAUUGAAGAAGAGCUCAGACAGUUGCUGGCUUCUCUACCUCAAACGGAGCUAGAUGAGUGUAUCCAGUAUUUUACAUCUUUGGCUCUGAGUGAAAGCAGUCAAAGUCUGGCAGCUCAGAAGGGUGGCUUAUGGUGUUUUGGAGGAAAUGGACUUCCUUAUGCUGAAAGUUUUGGAGAAGUUCCUUCAGCUACAGUGGAAAUGUUCUGUUUAGAAGCUUUGGUAAAACAUUCUGAGAUAUCUACACACUGUGAUCAAAUUGAAGCAAAUGGAGGCUUGCAACUACUUCAGAGACUGUACCAACUUCACAAGGAUUGUCCUAAAAUACAGAGAAAUAUAAUGCGUAUCCUCGGAAAUAUGGCUUUGAACGAACGUCUUCAUUCUACUAUAGUUCGCUCAGGGUGGGUUUCCAUACUGGCAGAGGCAAUGAAGUCCCGGCGCAUCAUGGAGGCCUCACAUGCCGCCAGGACCCUGGCUAAUCUAGACCGAGAGACAAUGCGAGAAAAAUACCACGACGGCGUGUACGUGCUGCACCCCCAGUACCGCACGAGUCAGCCCAUUAAAGCAGAUGUCCUUUUUAUUCAUGGCCUUAUGGGAGCAGCAUUCAAAACGUGGCGUCAGCAGGACAGCGAGCAGGUUUUAACUGAAAAGAUUUUAGAGGACGAGGCCAGGUAUACCACGUGUUGGCCCAAGACAUGGUUGGCAAGAGACUGUCCUGCUCUCCGAAUUAUAUCUGUGGAGUAUGACACCAGCCUUAGCGACUGGAGAACGAGGUGUCCUGUGGAGAGAAAGUCCAUUGCAUUCAGGAGCAACGAACUUCUAAGGAAGCUCAGAGCUGCUGGCGUUGGGGACAGGCCAGUCAUUUGGGUAUCACACAGCAUGGGAGGUCUUCUUGUCAAAAAGAUGCUGUUGGAAGCCUCCAAGAAGCCAGAAAUGAGUACUGUUAUAAACAAUACCAGAGGAAUAAUUUUUUAUAGCGUCCCUCAUCAUGGAUCCCAUCUGGCUGAAUACUCUGUUAAUAUUCGCUAUCUUCUCUUUCCCUCUUUGGAAGUCAAAGAGCUCAGCAAGGAUUCUCCUGCACUUAAAACACUACAAGAUGACUUUCUGGAAUUUGCUAAAGACAAGAAUUUCCAGGUGCUGAAUUUUGUUGAAACACUGCCAACUUACAUCGGUAGCAUGAUUAAACUGCACGUGGUACCCGUGGAAUCAGCAGAUUUAGGCAUUGGAGAUCUCAUUCCUGUGGACGUUGACCAUUUGAACAUCUGUAAGCCAAAGAAAAAGGAUGCUUUUUUAUACCAGCGUACCUUACAAUUCAUCUGUGAAACUUUAGCCAAAGACCUUGAAAACUGAGUUAUCUUUCUUCCAUUUUGCAAGAACCUUGGUGUUCUGUUUCUCUUUUUAAGCUCUGUGCAAUCAUGUGAACAUAGUCUUUGUGGCAUCGACCUGGUCUGCAGCAUGUUGCAGGCAAUGGAAUAUGGUUCUCAGUUCCUGUACUGUAAAGCACAAACAGAGUGGCAAUCAAAGAUUGAAGGGCUAGACUGGAUUCUUUUGAUUUAAAAGAAAUUCCAUGUGUGCCAGCUUAUGUUGUGCAGUGUUGUCCCUGGUAUAGGGAACAAGCUGCUAGGGAUAGAAAAUGCCUUUUGUCAUCUGCGACAGUCUCCAGCUCACACGAGGAGGAACAAUCAUGGUUUCUAA